AUGAGUGUAUCUUUAUGGCAUUCAAAGCAUCCCUUUCAACGACUCGAAGACGAAAACGACAACGAAAAUCAACUGCUUGGUGGAGGAGAACCAAGUCGUCCAAAAGGAGUGUCGGCUGCCCCACGUCUGGAUCUGAACUUGGAUCAAGCAUCAUGUCAUGCAGCCGACAAACAUAUCACUGGAUCCUUGUAUAUUGACACAACAGGUGUACCAUCAGCGGUUAAGGUGCUGCAUUUACGCGUGCAAGUCGUUGGCACUGCACGUAUCCAUGGCGACGACCCUACACAGCCUUUGAGCUAUGGUCUAUUUGACUACAAAAAUGACAUCAAGCUGUUAUCCAAGGGUAUACGCAUAGUCAAUAAACGAGCCGGCUAUAGCAAUGCAAAUGCAUCAGGUAGCAACUUGUCGAACGAGGAUAUCAUUAUUAUGCAACCUUGCCAAUCAUCAAGCGAUACUCAUGGUGGUAUACAUCAUCAACACCAAAAAAUGGAUCCAUUUUCCUCUACAAUCUCAUCAAUGGAUCAGUCAUCGGAUGCUGGUGGUGCUGCUACCAAUGAAAGCAAAUCUCAGCAGUCUCGUGCAAUUGACAACUUUAUUAUCGAUCUCGCGCUCGACAAAUACCCUUUAAAGCACAGCAGUGGCUCCCUGCUCGAGCAGCAGCAAGCUGAACUAUUAGUUGAAGACAAGGUUUAUAGUUUGCCGAUCGAUACAUUGCAACGUGUGCGGUUUGCGCUUCCUAUUCAACGUAAGCGCCCUCUCCCAGGAACGUUUGAUAAUCCUCAUUAUCCAAUCAGUUAUACGGUUGCUGCCGUGAUGAUCUACUGCACACAAGAUAACAACAGCGACAAGCGAUAUCUUUCCCACACCAUGACACCCGUUAUUUUUGAACCAUCACCUAUCACACCGCCGUUUGACGGGCAAAAAGGCGACAUCUUGAGGUGCUCCUCCAAUGAUUGUCAUUAUAUUAGUCAACGAAAAAUCGAGAGAAUUUUACUCGGCAUGCUUCAUAAGCAUCAAUACAGGUAUCGACAAGGACGACGAUGGAUACUUGUCCGGUUCCUAAGUGCUCUGAAAAGGUCAUCUACUAUCUUUAGCACGCCUUACGUAGCCUGUUCUUUGGAGCUUGAAAAUGAUCAAAUGGUAUUUCAACGUGGUCAACCCAUUCCAUUACGCGUACAUCUAGAAAGCCAUGGCUUUGCUCUCGAAGAAAUUGUCAUACGUGUCAAGAUACGACGUACCAUCCUGUUGACGUGUAAUGUGGGUGAACAAGGCGAGAGUGAUGUUGUGAGCAACAUCGAUUUGGCGUUUCCAUUGAAUGCUGGUGGUAAUAACAUCAUCAGUGGUGGUGAUGCAUCAUCUGCUGACUCUUCAGGACAAGAUUCAGCUUAUCUUGAAUCCAACCCGGAUGACGAUGCAUGCAACAACAGGAGUAAGCAACCAUCAUCAUUCGGCCAUAACGCAACCGACACCAAGGCUGUGUUUGACCUAUCAAAUGUACUCUUUAUCGGUGAAGAUUGGGCAUAUACGGUCAUACCGGAAAUGACAAGGCGCAUUUUUGAAUUGCAGUAUGAUCUCGAAACCAAAAUUUAUAUCAGAGGAUCCAAAUUGGAUGAUUCAACAACGCCUCGCGAGAAAGCUCAUACCACGAAAUAUUAUGUUGCAACGGAAGAUAGCCAUCGGAUACCCAGCAUGAAUGACAAGUCAUUGUACCAGCACACACUACGACCUACAUCAUUACCUCUCAUUGUCACUGGAUGCCAUAAUCGUACCCAUUAA